AUGAAGCAGCACAACGAACAGCACCCGGGCCACUCGUCGAAAGGAGCUUCUUCCGGCUCGGGCUCGGGCUCGGGCUCGGGAUCGACCACCCCCUUCAACAACGACACCAACAGGAUCGUAGGGUAGGUCGCCCGUGACGGUCUGAUCCGCUUGAUGUAGGUGGAGCUCAAACGGUUGCCAUGCUCCCACAGUGACGACUCGAGAGCGGUGUCGCCCUCUCCGAAGCAAGCUCCUGGCGAACCCGAGCCCGAGUACUCGCCUGCAUCUUUUGCUCCCCUUCUCAAGAAGCUCGUCCUGUAUCCCUCGACUUUCACCUCGGUCGACGUCUCACUCGCCUUCCAACACCUCGCCGCCGAGGCCGGUGCAGCCCCAGCCCAGAUCGGAGCCUUCCUCGCCGCUCUUCGUUUCUCCGGCAAGGAUGGCAACCCUCUGAUCGUCGCAGAGUGUGCCAAGGUGAUGCAAUCACACGCCGCCACCGUCGACGUCGGAGAAGGUCUGGGAGAAGGUCCCGUCUGCGAUAUCGUCGGCACGGGAGGAGACGGCCAGAACACGUUCAACGUUUCGACCACGGCCGCGAUCGUCGCCGCGGGUGUCGGAUGUAGGGUCUACAAGGUCAGUCUUCGAGAGGUACCGAGUAUUGAGGUGUCUUUGUUGCCCCGAAAUCAUUCGCUGACAUGAUCACAUGCCUUUGCAUGCCCCCCUCACUUUGCCCCCCCCCCCCACACCCCCACUUUUUCUUCGACCCCCCACCACCUUCUCCCUGCGAACCCCCUCUUCCUCGCACUGCGCUCAUCCAGCACGGCAACAAAGCCGCGACCUCCUCCUCCGGUAGUGCCGACAUCCUUCUCUCUCUCGACUGCCCCGUCACGCUCAUCCCACCCUCCUCCCUCUCCGAGAUCGCCUCCUCCUCCCGUUUCCUCUUCCUCUACGCCGCCACCUAUCACCCUUCCCUCGUUCGUCUCGCUCCGAUCCGCAAAUCCCUCGCCUUCCCUACCGUCUUCAACGCCUUGGGUCCGUUGAUCAACCCAGUCAAACCCAAGGCUAUGAUCGUUGGCGUGCAUUCGAAAUGCCUCGGGGAGAUCUUUGUCGAGGUGUUGAGGAUCACGGGCGUCAAGAGGGCUUGGGUCGUUUGUGGGAGGGAAGGUUUGGACGAGAUCAGUAUUCAGGGCGAGACGGAUGUAAGUCAUUCCAUUGGCUCGUACGAAUUCAAAACACGGCGUACAAACUCAUCUGCGAACCAUUUUUUAUUUUUAUUAAUCAGAUUUGGGAUCUCAAAGACGAUACCAUCACUGCUCGGGUGAUCCAUCCCACGCGCGACUUCGGUCUUCCCUGCUCCCCACUCUCCCUCGUAUCAGGCGGAUCACCUUCGGAGAACGCGUCGAGCCUCAACUCCCUCCUAGACGACCAACUCGGUCCUUCCAACCCCAUCGAGAACUUCGUGGUCCUCAAUACCGCAGCGGUGUUGAUCGUUGCUGGGAAGGCCAAAGAUGGGUUCGAAGGUGUUGAAUUGGCGAGGAAGAGUCUCAAGAAUGGGAGUGCGAAGAAGGCUUUGAAUGACUUUAGGGACGUCGCGAAGAAGGUCGUCGAGAACAGUCAGUAA